UGGGAAAACGGACUCGCCUGUGCUAUUCUUUAACGCAUCACCAAUUUUAGUAUCGACUCACCAACUCCAACGCAACUCGACGCCUUCACGAAUUGACGAAAUAACAAAUCGAUGUAUUGUUAAUCAGACGUACCAAUAACCGAGCUCCAAAGGCUAGCCUCCAUCGCCCCUCGCUCGAGUCUGGAUGCGCGCGUGCACAUAUUAAACCUCGAUCUUUCGGCUUCUGAGCCACCUUUUCUCUCCACGACGACUUGAUCACCAGCUUGAGGCUGGAGAUCGUAAUGAAGAUGCGGGCGACGACUCAAAUAGCGAGAAAAUCGACCCGAUGGCUCCGAAGUGGCCCCAGUUUCGGCUAUACACGAGCCUUUGCUUCGGCAGUGCCUCCGACAGAACAGAAGAAACCAGAAGCCGUACCCCCGGAACUCAGCAGUGCGCCAUCACGGCCAUGGAAAAGCUCUAUUACCCAAGCCGGAUCUCUCACACCUACAUCAACAAGCCCUUCAUCGCAGUUCUACGUCCCCUCGGUUGUCAUUCCAGCUGAAGCAGCGAAAUCUGGACCAGUACAUAAGAUUCAUAUCCUGGGCGAAGAUGUUAGAUCAAGAUUCAUCGCCCACGCUCUAUGUAGCGUUUAUGAUUCCGUCGAGACGGUGCCAUUUCGCGAGAUGCCCAAGUCAAGAUAUCGAAAUGUGGAAAAGGUUCAACCUGAACGAACAAGGAAGAAUGCAUAUGCCGAGAAGAAUGCAGCCAUCUCCGACAAUGAUGCUCUACCUCAAUGUGACCGCUCGCAUAUCGAUGAGUUGAUAGUUACCGGCCGUGGCUUUGAGGCUGUUAAAGCGAUCGCUUCAGUCAAAGAUCGAAUCGACGGUAAAACAUCGAUUUGUCUUCUUAACGACGGCAUGGGAGUGCUCGAGCAAGUCCGCGAACAGCUCUUUAACGGAACCCAGCCUGAGCCCAACUUUUACUUGGGCCAUAUGUCCCACGCGCUCGCUUUCAACCGGAACAGGGAUUCUGUUAAGCAGUUGAAGAGUGGGCGAACAGUCUUCACCAAGGCCGAUCCGGUACUAAAUGCGGAGAAGGAGCUCUACAUCCCUGUUGAGCAACACCCUAGUAUGAUGCUUUCGCUGAGGAGGGUCAAAGAGCUCAACACAACCUUCAGUACUUUUGAGCAUUGGCUAAGGUUCAAACUACCCUCCGUUAUGUUCACGGCUGCUGUUGAGCCCGUUUGUGUGCUUCUUGACCUCCCAUACCAAGGUCUAUUGGAAAAUAGAAACGCUCAAAGGCUGAUGGAUCAGCUUCUAAGGGAACUGGCUCUAGUAACGGAGAACAUGCCUGAGGUCCAAGACUCGCCCGACCUCUUAAAAUUCCUCCGUGGAGAAGGCCUCAAAAAGUUCUGCUACCGUCGCAUUACAGGCAAGAGCAAAGCCCCCAGUGAUUUGCUGACACGCAUCAACAAAGGUCUGCAAACAGACAUUAACUAUCAGAAUGGAUACUUCUUGAAGCGGGCUAGGACUCUCGGUAUAGACACGCCCAGAAAUCAACUGAUGGUUCAGAUGAUUAAGGCCCGACGUAUUGAAGAAUUGAAAAGGUUACGGUCUUUCAUACCUGUCCAGGAGGCAUUGCCAGACGUUGUUAGGGAGAAGUUUCAGCAGCGCAGAUUGAAAAAUGAUUUAUUGUAGAAUAGGGUUUUAACGAAUUGCAGCUUUGGCACUUGGGGCGUUCUACAUAUGGUUGAAGAUUUCACAAUAGCGCUUGAAUUACUCAUACAAAAGAUACUCAACAACUCUUUGUCAGUUGACAGGAUAUUUGACACGAAAUCAG